AUGUCGCUACCGUCACGGUCCUCCCCGGCGCCGCACCCGACGUGGCUAAGCCCUGUUCGGGCCUGGACGCCCAGCUCUCACCUUGCGGUGCCAGCCAAUGUAGACCCUAAUAGAAGGGGCUCCAACGUGCAAACUGUCAGAUCCGCCAGUCUAACCUCUAUCGUUCAAAUGUAUGACAGCACUAUGAAAACUGAAAGCUCACGUUUCAAUGGAUCCUUCUAUUAUGACUACACUGAGGAAUUUGAAGAGAAUAUGCCCCCAGUUGAACCUGCUCCCCCAUUAUGCCCCAUUCCUCAAAGAAUCAAAGGGCUUCGACCCUCGGUGAUCUUAAAAGAUGAAUUCGAGGGUCAUAUGGGAGAGGUGGAAACGGCAACUACUUCAAGCUGUAGGGGAGUCAUAGAUCAGCCAUUACCAGGUUCGUCAUUCUCCUUUUUAGGAAGAAGUGCCAGGUAACUAACAGGACAUAUAAGACAACCAAGAGGGGUCUAGUGGUCCAGAUCCCACGCCCUUGACCACGGGCUCCAUUGACUCUCUCGAGGAAAGCUGCUCGAUUCCCCGUGAUCGUCCUGGAAUUGCAAAAGCAAACAAUAGUCCCCCUCAUCCAGCUAUUCUCGGAAAAGAGGACUCAAAUGAGGAAAUGCCACUUCAAAGGCAAGAAAUAUAUAAACCGGAGGCGCUUGACCGGCCCGAACCCCAAGCUCCAAAGAUGAAUUCAGAAACCAAAGUGACUAUCAUAUUCGGUGAGGAUGCAAAUCAAGAUUUGGGAGCUCAAUUCGAGAACAGGGAUCGCGGGCUCUGGCGUCGUUCCAAAACACUCCCCUCCAUGUCAGAGUUACGCAAGCUCAGUGAGAAAGAACACACUCCGGAGCCCAACUUCCGGAAUCUCAGUGAUCCUAUCGGGUCUGGACCUUCCGAGUUUGCCACUCUUCUCACGUCGUUAGAUCGCCUAGGGAAAGCCGCUCUCCCGAACAUCGAGGACAAUAUUCAACAUUCCAACAACCCGGCUGGGAAGGAAGUUGAACAGAGUAAUGCCGUUGAGAAGAAUGGAAAUGCCACGGAAAGUGGGACUAUCUCUAGGAAGAGCAAGGAGGAAAAGGAGUUUCAAAAAAGGCACCGCCGCAAUUUGGCCGCUCUGCGAAUCAGCACCACAGGGCUAGGUGGCACUCACUCCAAACUACAGAGCGUCCCUCGCACCUCGGAAGAAAUCCCGAUUUUGUCUCCAGAACCAAUAUCUCCAGCUCGAGAACUACGGGUUAAGAAUAGCAUUCCACAGUUGAUGAAGGCUCUUCCUCCACUACCGGGGAGCACGGGUCUAAACUUGGCUGAAAAUCAAGAGCAUAUGGUUGGCGCACCGCCAAACGACUCCUUUGUUGAGUCAAACAUAUCUCCUGCUCGUCAUGCAAGUCCUCAAAAAUUUAAGCUCAAGAUUAGAAAAUCUCUUACUCAAGAUGCUGAUUGCCAGGGUCAAACCACAACGCCCAAUUCAACAGAUGCUAUGUCGCCUGCCCCGGCCAGCGCUUCGCCAGGGAGGAAGAGGCUCAAAAUUAAAAUAUCUCGAACUCAGUUGGGGAAAGGCCUUGCAGGUUGUCAGGGAACGGUUAUCAGGAGCCCAGCAUUGAAGCAGUGCAAUUCCCUUGCAGAUCUUGAGUAUUCCUCACGAAGAGACAUGUUCACCACGCCGAAUUACAUGAUGGACCAGUCGGCAAUGCAUAAGCUGGGGGGAGCCAGACCAGCUUUGCCAAACCAAAUUGAUGAUGAGAAAGUGUUGGCUUCGCCCUUCUGGGACGCUGGUGAUCUGGGCAUAAGUUGUCUCGAAAUCGCCAAAAGUCUCGAAUUGAAAACCCCAACGCCCAUCUCCUCUGUUAAUGAGAUUCAGCCUGAAGGGACUCGAGGUAUUUCUCCUCAUGAGAUCAAACCUCGUGAGCACGGCCUUCGGCAGAAAAUAUCGUUUUUCCACCUACGGCUCGGCAGCGCGCCGUCGAAAAGGUGCAAGAGAGCUCCAACCCCUCUCCCUUUUUCAUUACAGGAAAUGUCCGGGUGCGCUCGGGGGGUGACCAUCGACCAUCAAAUGCUAAAUCCGUCAAACGAAAUUGUCUCGAAGCGGUCAGGGAGAGUGGGCAUCCGCGUCCGAAAAUGGGCAAGAGGUGCAAAAAGAGUUGUGCGUUCUUGUGUGA